UGUAAACGGCUGUAUGAAGCGUUGUGCCGCGGUUUAUGGGCCUCGGCUGGAGGUGGGCCUGGCGCUUCCCGUGCCACUCCACGCUCCACGUCUCCUCCUUCCUUGUGUCUUCCCCCCCUCCCCAGAGCCUGGCCACGCGGUUGAAGGAGAACAUGGAGAAGCUGACGGAAGAGCGGGACCAGCGCACGGCGGCCGAGAACCGGGAGAAGGAGCAGAACAAGCGGCUCCAGCGGCAGCUCCGGGACACCAAAGAGGAGAUGGCAGAGCUGGCCAAAAAGGAGGCCGAGGCAAGCCGGAAGAAGCACGAACUGGAGAUGGACCUGGAGAGCCUGGAGGCUGCCAACCAGAGCCUGCAGGCGGACCUGAAGCUGGCCUUCAAGCGCAUCGGGGACCUGCAGGCCGCCAUCGAGGACGAGAUGGACAGCGACGACAACGAGGACCUCAUCAACAG